AUGCCAAGACUAGAUCAAUGUACUACAGUUGAUGAAGUUUGGGAAAAAUUAUUCAAUGGUAUUGAAUAUCUAUUUCAAUUUCAAACUAUUCGAUAUUCUAAAUGGAUGUUACUCUAUACUUAUAUUUUUGAUUAUUGCACAAAUAACUUGAGUCAUAAUGCUGAGUUAUAUGAAAAAUUGAAAAAUUAUUUAAGAAAUUAUCUCGAAGACCUUUGUCAAUCUAGCACUAAUUUACUAGAUCGAGAUCUGCUUGAAUUUUAUAUGAAUCAAUGGAAAAAAUAUUGCGUUUCAUGUAAAAUUUUACAUGGUAUUUUUUCGUAUUUUAAUCGACAUUAUAUACGACGUGAAUUGGAUUUUGGCAAUCCAGAUAUUUCUGAGAUUUACUCGAUGGCCAUGAAAAUCUGGCACCAAAUUCUUUCUCAACUGUUCUAUACUAAAAUCACACGAUAUUGUCUGAAUCUAAUUAAAGCCGAACGUAAUCAUCAGAAAAUCGAUACUGAAAUUAUUAGUAAUGUUAUUCAAACAUAUGUCAUUUCUCAUAUCAAUCAACAUAAGUCUACAUCAGACAAUAAUAGUCAGAUAUUAGAUUCUUAUCAAGAAUAUUUUGAAAAUCAAUUUUUUCAAGAUACACAAGAAUUUUAUCGAUUACAAACAAUAACAUAUCUUCAACAUCACUCAGUUAUUGAUUAUCUUUUAAAGAUUCCUGAAUACUUCAAUGAAGAAAUACGUCGAAUAACAGCUUACUUACAUCCUUCUUCCAUUAAAAAUCUAGAGAAAAAACUUGAUGAAGUUCUUAUUCAUGAUCAAUUGACAGUUAUUCAUGCUGAAGCAAAAAAAUUGAUACAUGAUGAAAAAAUUCAAGAACUCAAUCUUCUAUAUCGAACAGUUAAUCGAAUUGAAAAUGGCACAAGCGAGUUGAAAAAUAUGAUGGAAAAUUAUAUUUAUAAAAUCGGUAUCGAAACAAUUGAAUGUAUUAAUUCUAUAUCCAUUAAUGCAUGUCGAAAGUUUAUCAAUAAUAAUGCAGUUAUUCAAGCCAUUGGAAAUACGACUAACAUGGCUGAAUAUUUAGCUCGUUAUUGUGAUAAAUUUCUUCGAAAAAGAAAAGAAGAGACGGAUCUUGAAAUAAUCAUUAAUCAAAUAAAAAUUUUAUUGUAUUAUAUGCAAGAAAAAGAUGUUUUUCAAAAAUAUUAUUCUAAACUAUUUGCUAAAAGACUUAUUAAUCAAAUGAGUAUAUCAAAUGAUUAUGAACAAAUGAUGAUUUCUAACAUUGAGAUUACAUGUGGUUUUGGAUUUGCAUAUAAAAUGAAGCAAAUGUGUCAAGAUAUUGAAACUAGUAAAAAUAUUCUUAAUCAAUAUCAUCAAUAUUGUGAAACUGAACAAUUUACAAGCAAAAUUAAUUUUAGUAUAAUGAUACUUAAGACUAAUGUAUGGUUAUUUUCAACACCAUCAAAUAUUAUUCUUCCUAACAAACUUGAACAUAUUGUCAAUAAUUUCAAUAAAUUUUAUAAAUAUUUACACAAUGGAAGAAAGCUUACAUGGAUUUAUCAGCAUUCUAAAGGUGAAUUACAAACAUUCUUUACAGAUCGAGUGUAUACAUUACAAGUAUCUAUGUAUCAAAUGGUAAUACUUCUCUUAUUUAAUAAUGCAUUAGAAUGGACAAUAGAAAAAAUUCAAGAUGAAACACAGAUUAAAAUAGAAUUAUUAUUAUUAGUUUUGAAUACAUUAAUUGAAUCAAAGAUUUUAACAUGUACACAAUUUCUUGAUCGAGACAAUCUUGAUAUAAAUUGUAUUAUUAAAUUAUCAAAUGAUUUCAGAAGUGAUAAAUAUCGUAUAAAUUUAAACACAACAAUGAAAUCUGUUGAAGAAGGAGAUGUGAAAAAUUUUCAUAAUACAAUUGAUCAAGAUCGAAUAAUGAGUAUUCGAGCAACUAUUGUACGAAUAAUGAAAUUGAAUAAAACAAUGAAUGAAAAUCUUUUAAUAGAUACGGUUAUUCAACAAUUAAAUUCAUAUUUCAAUUCUAACGUUUCUACCAUUAAGGAUUGUAUCAAUGUUCUCAUCACGAAAGAAUACCUCGAACGACAAUCGAAUGAUAAAGAUCUUCUUUGUUAUAGGGCAUGA